GUCAUUCUUCAUCGCAUGUUUCAAUCGAACAUCUGUUUACGUUUCAGGUCUGAAGAACGUAUGAUAUGAGAAAUAAUAAUUUUGUUCGACACAAAAAUAUUUAAAAUGUCUGCAAAUGCAAACAGUUUCUGUCAACAUAUCACCAUAGCUGUUCUUCCACCUACAUGUUUUUCACCUAAUUGUAGUAAAAGUGUAAAUAGUACAGAACACCAAGACGAUGUCUUCAGUGAAAAAUCUGAAAAAUCCGUGAUACAUAGAAAGUGUAAAUUCAACCUCAACUUCAGCUCCUUCAAAUACUUCAUCUAUUUUUGCAUGUGGUUGGGAUGCUGCAUUUUGUUGACGUCCUCAAGGGAAAGCUUUCAUCCCAUACAUCAGCUGAGUAUACAGAAAGAUAUUACCACAGAAUACAUCGUCAACAAUUCUCCCAAGGAUGGAAGAAUAAAGGUGGUUCUUGGAGGUGCUUUUCUUCCAGCUUAUUAUGCUAAUUUGUCGACACGAUGGGUUAAUGUUCAUUUACAGAUGAUAGAAACUGUGGGUUGUCCAAUGCAAGACACUGUCCUUACAUCUUCUAAAGUCAAGAAAAUAGAGAACGUCACCCAGGUUUGGAAAAUUCCGACAGUAACAGAAAGUCUAAUUGGUAUUGUUCCUGAAAUAUCUACUAAAAGAGUAUUUGUGUUGAACGAAACCAGCAUAGUCAAAGCAAAAAACUACUUGCUGCAGAUCUGUUUGGGAACAAAUCUGAAUGUAAAUUUACCGAUUUCCCUGGGUUAUGAUACUGAACCCAUCGAUCCCGAUGCCGGAGUUGUAUAUGCUGGAUUGGUACUCAUUGGAUUGUAUGUGGUUAUAAUAUUCGAAUUAUUACACAGGACUGUUGCAGCAUUAUUCGCUUGCAUUCUAUCCUUAUCAAUUCUAGCUGCUUUCAACGCAAAACCUUCAAUAGCUGAGAUAGUAUCUUGGAUCAGUAUGGACACUCUUAUGCUCUUAUUCUCGAUGAUGAUCCUAGUGACAGUUAUUAGUGAAACUGGUAUUUUCGACUACAUGGCAGUUCAAACUUACAAGUUUACAGAUGGAAAAAUAUGGUCUUUGGUAAACAUCCUAUGCUUGAUUGCUGUUGUUUUCGCCUGCUUUUUGGAUAACGUAACAACAGCUCUUUUAAUAACACCAGUCACUAUAAGGUUAUCAGAAGUUAUGAAACUUAACCCUGUACCAGUCUUAAUGUGUACGGUUAUGUUUUCCAAUAUUGGAGGGGCCAUCACUCCCCUUGGAGACCCUCCAAAUGUUAUUAUUGCAUCGAAUCCAGAUGUCUUGAAAGCUGGUGUGAAUUUUAUGUCGUUUACUUUACACAUGGGACUUGGCACUUCUAUUUGUUUUAUUGUAACUUACGGAUAUUUGAGGUUUUACUACAGGAAUGUGAAGAAUUUCAGACAUCCAGAACCGCCGGAGGUUCAACAAUUGAAGGGCAAGAUAGCUGUUUGGCGACGAACAACAGCAUCCGUCAGCAGCUACAGUAGAGAUGAAAGUUUUGUGAAAGAAAAUUUGAAGCGUAGAACAGCGAAGUUAAUGGGAAAAUUGAAAAGUAUGAACAACAUAACGAUAACUGAAGAUGAAUUCAGCAACAACCUACAAGACCUUAGAAAACAAUAUCCCAUAAAAGACUUGUGCCUUCUGAUUAAAUCUGGCGGAACAAUGAUGUUAGUCAUUGUGGCCCUACUGCUUCAAUCUGUUCCAUCUUGGAAUACUUUAGGUAUGGCAUGGACUGCACUUCUUGGUGCUCUCCUAGUUAUCCUACUUUAUGACAAGGAUGACGUUGUUGGAAUAUUUACCCGGAUUGAAUGGUCAACACUCCUAUAUUUCGCAGCACUAUUUAUUCUGAUGGAGGCUCUCUCGAAAUUAGGCCUUAUCGACGCAAUAGGAAAGAAAACGCAGUUUAUAAUCAACUCAGUGGUUCCCGAGUACAGAUUGACAGUCGCUAUUGUUCUUAUUUUGUGGGUUUCCGGUCUGGCUUCCGCAUUUGUCGAUAACCUACCACUUACCACCAUGAUGAUUAAGAUAGUCAACAAUCUCUGCACUGACCCUCAACUGAAUCUACCGUUUCAACCACUCAUAUGGGCCUUAUCUUUCGGAGCUUGUCUUGGCGGAAAUGGGAGUCUUUUUGGUUCUUCUUCGAAUAUAAUUUGUGCUGGUGUAGCUGAACAGCAUGGAUACAAAUUCUCCUUCACUGAAUUCUCCAAAGUUGGUAUUCCAAUUGUUAUUUUAACGCUGAUGGUAACAACACUUUAUCUCAUUAUUUGUCAUGUGGUUCUUCAGUGGAACUCAUGAAUGGAAUAGAAAUAGCCAUAAUCGUUUCAAUAAAGAAUUAUAUGUUAUAA